AUGUCCCUGACACUCUUUACAAUUUAUCUUAUAUUCCGGAUGCAUGGAAGUGAGGCUGCAGGCGGGUUAUGUAAAACUUCAGAGAGAUCAAUACCUGGAAAAGCUCUCAAGGGUCACAUCUUCAAGGAGUUUGCAGUGAGAGCGAUUGUUGAUUGCCAGAACACCUGUGAAAACGACCCCAGGUGUGCGAGUUACAAUUACUACAUUCCGGAUAAAGUGUGCAAGCUAAACAGCCAGACCAAGGAAACGAGACCUGACGAUUUUGUCACAGAUGAGCUGAGGUUCUAUGUGAGACGAGACGGUAUGAUGUAUUCUGUCUCUUUAAGAUGCUUAAGACUAAAUUGUUUACACUGUACUGAAAAAGCCAUCCGGUAUAAUAGGAUUGUUAACGGCACAGAACUUUAACUAGAUAACAAACAUCGAACAUCGUUCCGUGGAGCGUUUGGUCGAAAGGCUUCCACUUUCAAGAUAAGCGCUGCGGCGCAACUUCGCUUAGUUACAGAAAUUGCACUGAAAUGACCUUUCUUAUGUGUCAACAGAAGCCUUAUCCGAUAUGGUUUUCGUGUGUGUGAAAAAGCUUUAUCCGGAAUAGUAUAAGCAUGGUCUAAAACAUAACUUUAAUUGCUCUCCCCCAAUUCUCCGAGAUGGUCCCUUCUAUAUCCUAUUGGAAAUGGAAUAUCGAGUGCAUGUGCAUGCAAGAAUACGAUAACAAUGAAGUCUGCCAUAUAUUAGUACUGUCAGUAACCUAUGGAAAGAAAUCGUCCACACAGAUAUGUAUUACAUACUGGAAUUUAGAAAAAACUCACAUUUAUUAUGUCUGCUGUUUUAUGCUAUUUGUAGAUGAUGAUGAGUGCUUGAAGAUGCCACUAGUUUGUGACAUCAACGCAAACUGCAAGAACACGCUUGGCUCCUACCUUUGUUCUUGUAGAGAGGGUUUUAAGGGUGACGGUAAAACAUGUGAAGGUAAAAUUAAAAAGAACCAUGUAACCAUACGGGAAACACCAAAUUUUACUUAUUGGAGCAAAAACUUUUAUAGUGCGAGGUACGAUCCUCAUCCCUUUAAUUUUCAACGGUCAACUGAUCACGAAUAAAAAGAUUUUCUCACUUAUUUUUUAUGUUGGGGUUAGCGUGAGGCUCUUUGGAUUUCGUUUGUGAACUAACUUUUUAUUUUAGUUACCAAUGAUUAUAAAUUAAUAAUAACGGAUAAUGAUAAUAAUAUCGAUACUGCUGAUGAUGACAAUGAUGAGGAUGACAAAGAAACAACGGAACAUGUAAAUUACUUUUCCGUAGUGUGAUCUAGUGCAAGAAAGAGAAUGUACUUAAAAUACAAACACAUUAAUGUACUGGUUGUUAUAGCCUGUUUUUUGGAGCAUAAGCUUUAAAAGUUCACUUAUUCUAACAUUGUGAUUCAGACGAAGACGAAUGCCAGAUCAACACUCACAACUGUAGCGACAAUGGCAACUGUACUAACACCGAAGGUUCAUUUAACUGUAGUUGCAAACCAGGGCACAUGGGAGAUGGCCACAACUGUUCGGGUAGGUGCUGCAAAAUCUUUUUUCUAUUUUCUUCGAUCAAUUAAAAACUUUUUGAUGCCCCCCUCCCCCCCCCCAAAAAAAAAAAUACACAAACAAAAUGUCGAGGCAUCCAGGUUUCCUAUGCGUCUAAAAACCCCUUUGAAUUGAACCACACAGUAGUGAUUGUACUACUUCUUUAAUUGGCAAAAGAGAGAUCCGGAACAGCUUUUUCAAGUCUUAGAAGGUGGCUUAAAAGGUGGAAGAAUUCUUAAGUCAUUCUCAGUCACACAACAAACCAGUUAUACUACAAACAGUUCUUGCACUAUUUUCCUUUCGAUAGAAUUAUUAAGGUUCAUAAUAAGUCUGGUUACGGAUUUAUGCAGAAGCCCUUCCUGGCGGGUAUGAAUAAAGAAACCACAUCAGUUCAUAUAAACUAUAACCACAGACCACGACAUUACUAACACGGACGGAAAAUGUACGAAAAUGUAGACCAAAGCUGAAUCACUGGAUCUUUCAAAAUGCAGAUCAGCAUGAACAAUGUAUCUCUGUACCAAAACAAAAACGAGCAAUUAAUACAAAACUGGCAGUGCUCGGGUGAUGCUUGGUUGAGACUCAUAUCAGCGAAUAAUCUACGUCCUUUGGAAAACGCCGGUAGUCUCUUAAAGACACUACUACCGCGAUUUCCAAUAGUAUUUGGAAUACCCUAAAAAAGUUUGGUAUUAAUCUACCCAUCCAUCCGUCCGUCCGUCCAUCCGGUUAUGAGUGAGUUGAAGCUGCGACGUUUUUGAGUGACGCACAUCAACUGGAUGCAAACUUUUGCACUCUUGAGCCGUGAUUUUAAACAAUUUUUUUGCGCAAAUCGUCUCUAUAAGGGUAAAGACUCUUAGUAAUACAAAUUUGGUGGCGUCAAGGCAAUUUAAAAUGGAAAAUGGCUCACUUCCGGUUGACGUGCGUCGCUCAAAAACGUCGCUGCUUAUAUUUUAAAGUCCCUAUUAUAUCCUUCCGUCCAAGAUUAUCCCAGAAAAAAUGCAUGCUGUUUUAUCUCGCGUUCGAGAUAAAACUGCCUAUAGGAGAUGGAUACAAUUGUAAAUGUACAAUUCUUCGGUUCUUUAAAAUCCAUUGAACACAUUUUCGCCUUACUGGGAGGUGACUGAUGUCGUGUUCUUAAAUCAGUACAAGGAAUGGAAUGUGUUUUCACCGUAAACUAUAUAUUUAGGAAUUAUUCCUCGAGCCCGAAUGAGCUCUAAGUCAGUAGCCCAUGAGGCCGAAGGCCGAAUGGACUAUUGACUCAGAGGCCAUGAGGGCGAGAGGAAUAAUUGUUUUAGUAAAAUCCAAAUAGGUGGUCAAAAAUAUCGAGACAAAACAACUUUAGCCAGCGGAACGCGAUUCAAGCGCCAUUGUUUUGGUUUUCAAAGCCGGCGCUUUUCGCUUCUAGUGGGCUAUAACAUAUAGCCUAGUAGUAGCUCCAUCAAUCAGAACGCAGCAUUGAUAACAGACCACUAGUUGGAUUUUACUAAUUAAAAAUUAUGGUAUACUGGUGGCUAUAUUGACUACCUGUUUGUUCAGGCAGAAUAAAUUUAAUUUUUACUAAAAUUAUCAUUCAGACUCAGACGAAUGCCUGAACAAGUCUCACAACUGUAGCGAAAAUGCCACCUGCACCAACACCGAAGGGUCCUUCAACUGUAAUUGCAAACCAGGGUACAUUGGAAAUGGCCACAACUGUUCAGGUUAG